UGGUGAAAUUAAUAACACCAAUGCUAUUUACCACCAGUUGUAAAAACGCUCAACUGUAUCUGACCAAACCCAAAACACAAACAAACAACACUCAAUACCAAUGAGUCCAUAUUUCUUGUCAUUCUGAGUUUUCCACCUUCCUCUUUUCCCACAUACCUUUUUAGCAGCAAGAUUGGAUCUUGGCUCGAUCUGGGUCCUUCUUGUUCCUUACCAAUUCGAUCUGUGUCUUUUUAGAACUGAGAUCACAGCAAAUUCCUCACAUUCUUUUGAGGCUUUGAGAAAGAGAAAGAGACACAGACACAGACAUGUUCCUUGUUGAUUGGUUCUAUGGUGUCCUUGCAUCUCUUGGCCUAUGGCAAAAAGAGGCCAAGAUUCUAUUCUUGGGUCUUGACAAUGCUGGCAAAACCACUCUUCUUCACAUGUUGAAAGACGAGAGACUAGUGCAACACCAGCCAACUCAGCACCCAACUUCGGAGGAGUUGAGUAUUGGGAAAAUCAAGUUCAAAGCUUUUGAUUUAGGUGGCCACCAGAUCGCUCGCAGAGUCUGGAAAGAUUACUAUGCUAAGGUGGAUGCAGUGGUUUACCUUGUUGAUGCCUAUGACAAGGAAAGAAUUGCAGAAUCAAAGAAGGAGCUAGAUGCCCUCCUUUCAGAUGAAUCCCUGGCUAAUGUUCCGUUUCUUGUGCUAGGGAACAAGAUUGACAUUCCUUAUGCAGCUUCAGAAGACGAGCUACGCUAUCAUCUAGGACUGACCAAUUUCACAACUGGCAAGGGGAAGGUGAUCCUUACAGAGUCCAAUGUCCGGCCCUUGGAAGUUUUCAUGUGCAGUAUUGUUCGCAAGAUGGGCUAUGGUGAAGGCUUCAAGUGGCUCUCCCAAUAUAUCAAGUAGAGGUAGAGUAGGGGGAUAAUGAUCGGCACUGUAUUCUUGUGGUAACCUUCCGCAAUUUUGAAGCGCUUGACUGCAAUGAGAUUGGAAGAGAAAUCUUUUACUAUUUAUUUCAUUGGAAUUGAAGGCUUUUCAACUGCAUAAUUUUUUUAUCCAUAUAACGUGCAAUUUCAAAUUUGUCUUUUCCAAACAAGCUUUGACAUUGGGCUACUGUUCUCUGCUAGUUUUUCUGCCUCUGAUUUGAGCAUUGUUUUUGUUUUGAAUUCAUAAUAAAUUUUGAAGUAUCAUGGUACAUUUAUUGGUUGAAAAAAAGAAUGUUUUCUUCUAA